AUAAAAGAUUUAUAAAUUUCUCAUAAGUUUCUUUACUCAACAUUAAGAUAUAAGAUAGUAUUUGCAUCAUCAAACUGGUGUAAGUUUUUAAAGAUUUCAAAGAAACAAGUUUUAAGGUUUUAUUUUGUGUUGCGUAGUCUCGUAUAUUAGUUUUUACACGGACUGCUAGUACACAAGUUAUAUUACAAGAAUAUUCAGUUAAAAUCAGGUUUUUAUGCUCACUUCUACCACUCCGAACUACUUCCAGUCUAAUCGAUUUGAUAUGUUAGAUCCGAAUGAUCCUAACCCUUUGAAUGAGUUCCUGUUGGUUAUGAACACAGGAAAUACAUACCCGUUGGAAGAUAGUUUAGAUGAUGCACCUUUUGUGAAUUAUAUCACUAAUUCUGCCAACUACUCCAACACCAGCAAUGGGGAUAUCAAUGGUCAUGCGUUCCAAACUGCCAACGUCAACUUGGGAAUAUCGUAUGCCUCUGCUGCCUCCAGUUUAAAUAGUAGUAACAGUGCUAAUGUCGGUCCAUACUAUGGUGGUUACGAGCAACAACAGCCACAACAACAACAAACCGGUCGCUUCAACCAGUUAUCAAACAUGGCUGAUCCAGCUGGCACGUUAUACACUAGUCAACCUCACUUGGAAAGUCAAUUUUCCUUUACCAAUCAAAAGCUCGACAAUGCUGCCAGUGCUCAAUCUAUACUCACCACCAACAGCACUCCAAUAACCGGAACCUCUGAUGGCUCUUCGUCCAUUCACUCACUUUUCGACAGCACAUCCAACUCAUUAGCUUAUAAUAACUACUAUCCAUCUCAACAGAUGAGUAAUGGGAAAGUUGUCAUGUUUGACGUUCCACAACACUACUCUGCUCCAAACUCGUCUACGUUUGAGCAAUUAUCUUACAACAGUUCGCUGCCUCCUCCUGUAUCACAAGUGCCACAACCACCAAGACGCAGCUCGAUGGCUAGCACAUAUUAUACUCCGGUUAAGUCGGAAGGUAAUACUGACGGUGACAAUGGUUCAAGAAGAUAUAGAGUUGUUAGAGGUGUCUCUGCUGGCGGAUGCACUACACGUCCACCCAAGGAAUCCAUGGAAAGUGAUUCUACUUUCUUGCCUGUUGAAUUAAGUUUGAUGGGGGCUUCCGUGGAAGAUAUUUGUUAUCCUAAAUGGAGUAAAUCAGAAAAGGACGAUAGAAGAAGAAUCAUUAGAAUCGAACGUAUUCAAAAUGGUCCAAAGUUGAUUGCUAACUUUUCAAUUGUUGGCGGUGCCAAUGAAAACCCAAUCACUUUGCCUGCUCCUCCAAAUGUCGACGUUGUUGAAGUUAGUUGCUUAGAAUGUAACGUCAGACCAAAUGAUGAUUCAUAUGACUCCCAAUCUUCUGACGAUGAAGGUGGCAUGAAGAAUGGCUCCUCCCUGCCAAAAAACUACGUCAAGAGUGAUCCUGAUGGAGAUUACUAUCAAUACUACAUCACUUCUGUCGAAGUGGUUGAGAUUGUCGAAUUAUUAAUUGGUACCCAGACCAAAGAUCCUGCCGAAAAGAGAAGGGAAAGAGGUAGAGUUAGAUCCAACUUGGUUCCAUUCUGGUCCAAGAAACCAAUCAGCUCAAGAAUGCAUGACAACGCAGUUCCUUCACUGUCAAGCAACCCAAGCAACCACGAUUUUAGAAUAGAGUUGGCCAAGAGAAUCAUGGGUUACGAAAUCAGAAAACCAAGAGGGUUUGAUAAAGAGGUGCGUAUUUUAAGGUGGGAUAAGUUAGUUCCUGCCUUAAAGAGAGCCUUGCAAAGUUAUUACACCGAGAUACCAAAAUCUGAUUCUCAUCUCAAAUUCUAAUUUAAGUUUAUUUAUUUUUCUUGGUUGAUGACUUUCUAUUUUUGUUAAUGUUUAUUUGGGCGUUUUAGGGUUUUCCUGUUGACUUGUUAUUAUGUGCUAUACUACUAUUACUACUUGCUGUGUUUAUUUUUUUUGUUAUAAUUCUUGUUAUUAUAGACGUUUUGUUUAUUUGUAUUCCGAUGUCUUUCGUCAAAAGGUUUUUCGAUUCGUGAAUAAUUAUUUUUACCGUCAAUGUAUGAACGAUAUUUAUGAUUACUUGUAGGCUAACUAGCAACUAGUGCUGGAUCUGAUUACAACCACAUUAGCUGAUUUACAUUGC